AUGGUCGAGAGCGUGAUAGAGCGCUCCAGGUCACGGUCCAGGUCGCAUGAAUGCAAAUCCGAAUCUCAUGAGCGGGUUGGAUGCCGGGUGCUUUACGUGCCGCCGGAGUUGACAGGUGUGCUAAUUGGCCGUGGUGGUGAAAGCAUCAAUGCGAUGUGCAGAGAGACGGGUGCGCGGAUCGAAGUUGCCAGGGAGGAUGCUGGCGCCGCCGACCGGCCUGUGACAAUCACAGGAUCUCCAGAAGCAGUGGACAGGGCAGUCCGUGCUGUAAAGAAGAUCGUGGACAGCGAAAAGCGACCCCCACAAGAGCAGCGCAAGGUCAUGCAAGUCGCUGGAGCAUUUGUAGGCAUGAUCAUUGGCAGAGGUGGUGAGAACGUCAAGGCCAUGUCUCGCGAAAGUGGUGCCAAGAUAGAGGUGUCCAGGGAUGAUGGUGAUCGCGACGCAGAUAGAAACGUCACCAUUACUGGCACGGCUGAGUCCAUAGAGAAAGCGACACAGCUCAUUGAAGACGUCAUCGGCAAUCGAGCCGGGGCCUCCGACGAUGACAGGAGUGAUGCAGAGGCUCUACCGGAUCCACCGCCAGGUUUUGAGGUGAGCGAGCAUGAGGAAUGGCUCUUCAAUGCGAAGACAGAAGAGUUCUUCAACAAGAAGACCGGUGCUUUUGCUUGGCUGAACACAAGCACGGGCAUGUUCUGUCCCAUCAGAGAAGGUGUGCGACAUGACGAUCUAGAACUGAUAUCCGGCACGGCGGUUGCCGUCGCGAGCAGUGACAACAAAAGCGCACCCAAGACAGUGGUGAUUCCGGACCUCCAUCGUGUCGCGCAAGCCCUGAAAGCCCCUUUUGACCACGUGGAUGCACCAGCCUCCAUGAUCGGUGUUUUUGGUUGUUCGGCUGGUGACGGCCCUGGUGUGCCAGUUGACCAGGCGGCGCGCACAUUUCACGAGAGGCUUGUGCGGCGGAUUGCUUCGUGGCGGAGUGCUUGGUUUGACCAGGCUUGGUUCGGCGCACUGACGGGUGCCAUGAUGGACGUUGCGGGCGAGAAUGGGGUCCUGCCGUUGGCAGCCGUGGCAUUGCUUGUUGGACGCAAAGUUAUAGCUGCUUCUGCACCUGGCGCCCGCGCUUGCCUAAUGGCUGGAGCUAGCAGCGAUGCUUGCACUGCGGUGGUGCCCAUGGAGGUGAAUGGAUCCGUCUGCUGUUUCCAACAGCUCCCAGCUACAAGUCCAGGUGUCGCAGACACUCUGUGCAUUCCAAUUGCCCUUAUCGCGGGCGUCUCAACUCUGGAUGACAACGUGACUUGCGCUUCGGUGAGCCGGUCGCUGUUUCAGAGGCGGCCGCGCGCGGCCGCCGUAGCCCUGCUCCGUGCAGCGCGCCAGGCGGGUUCUGCUGGGCCCUUGGCAGCGGCCACGGCUUGCCUCGGCGGCCGCAAGGUCCUGGUUGCAGAAGAGAGCCCGGACGUCGGCAGAAAAGCUGUCAAGGAGAAGAUGAAACAAAGCAAGGUGCGGGUUCGCCAGAUACUUCUUCGCUUUUGGUCGGGUAAAGGUGCGCAGCCGAUCAACCCAGUUACGCGAAAGCCCAUCACAAGGAAGGUGGAGGAAGCCGAGGUCCAGAUGCUGGAUGUCCUGGACAAGCUGCUGGCGGAGAACUCUGCGAACUUCGCGUGCAUCUGCAAGGCCUUGUCGGAAUGCGGCUCCGCGAUGCGCGGGGGAGCAGACAACGGUGAUCUUGGCUGGCUGGACCAGGCAAAGGUCGCAGCACUGGCGAAGGCGAAGGGCCAGCCCGGCGGCCCGAAGUCCGUUGUGCAGUCCAGUGUGCCCGUGGCAGUGGUUAAAGUGGCCUUCGAGUUGGAAAAGGGUGAACUAAGUGAUCUCGUGGUGUCCGAGCUCGGCGUGCACCUGGUGCAGAGAACCGGCUAA